AAUACAAGAAACACAUCCAAAUAAUUUGAAAAAUGGCAAAUGUCACAGCAAGGGGCAGUAAGUAAUCAAUAAUUUGAGUUUGAUAUUAUUAUAAAUUAAAAAAAAAUAGUUGCCCUCACAAAAUGUUUGCGAAACAGAAACCCCUAAUGUAAAAUACACAUGCGGGCAUGUGAAAUACUUAACCUCAAUUUCGUAAACACGUGAAAUUUCGUAUUUGAACAGGAUCGCUAUCUUUGUUUACCAAUUUUGACACAAUGACUGAAACUGAAGACACUCCAACGUUGUGCGAAGGGGACGAUAAUGACGACUCUGAUGGAUGGGACGAGAUGGAGGUUUCUGGGGAACAAACUACAUGUUUAUUUUGUCCUUCGCAAUUUCUAACGAUCGCAGUUGCUCUAGAUCAUUGUCGUAGCGAGCACAAGUUUGAUUUACUCGAAUUGAAAACAAAGUAUAAUAUGGACUGUUAUUCGUUUAUUAAGAUGAUUAAUUACAUAAGGCUUCAUAAACCUGAUCCGCAUAUUAUCACGGAAUCGUGUGUGGCACUUUGGGAGGACGAUGUUUAUUUGAAACCUGGAGAAAUGGAGCCCUGGUUAAUGUAUGGUAGGUGGUUGUUUUACCUUGGGACUUCUACUUGUGUUAGUUACGAAAGUGAAUUCUAUUUGGCACAUGAAAUUUCCUUGUACAGUCACUGACAGAAUUAAUGAUCC